GGGGGGUUCGGAUGGUGAUAGGAAAUGCAUUAUGUCGUUCUUGGUCCUUUCUUUCAUGGUGUAAUGUAUUUAGUUACCAAUUUAAGGGGAUUGGUCUUUUAUUCAUUUCAUAUUUUCCCAUUUUUUGCAUUUAAUGUUUGAUUAAUUCGUAUAGUUAGUUGAUUUAGUGUGCUCGAUCUUGCACAUGUGUUUUUGAUUUGCUAAAAAACGCAUGUACUAACUGUUGAUUAGAUCAUUUAAAGGGAAGUGUGUAAAAUUUGACCACUUUGAACUCUUAUUUUUCAUUUUGUUUUUCCUGAAUUUGAUUUGAUUGGAUUGGUUGUAUUCUUGUUACACUUGUGUGAUUCUUUAGAGUACCGUAUGUAAUCUGGAUUUAUUUUUGUUUGUAAUCUGGAUUUAUUUUCUCCUUCCUCUGUAUUAGCCGUCGACAUGAUUGAUACAGGCUUAGUUGUUGAUAUUGUCAUCGCAAUGAUUGUAAAAACUGUUUGCUUUCAUAUUUAAUACGAUUAGCCAAGUUCUUGGGUAGUUCUAGUAUUUUUGUUAUUUAUGUUGUGGAUUGGGGGAGGGAAUAAAAAAGAGAAGACACGAGAUGGGCGAAUCUUAAGUAAUAUUUCGUUUGUCAUAAAUAAGUCGUUCUACUGUUUGGUUGAUAGUCUCAUUAUAAUUGUAUGGAUUGUGUGUGCCUAUCCAUCCAUGUGGUCUUUGGAUUUUCAAAAAACGUAACAUCUGGGUUGGUGAGAUGAUAAAAACUGGCGCAGCAACUUGGAUGAGAUACAAAAACUUGCUGAGCUCCAGGCAAGGCCUUUUUAUUUGUUUUUGACUGUUCUUUUAGUGAGGGAAAACUAUAGUUGGAGACACUUCAUCUUAAGUCACAAAAUACACCUUUAUGUUCUUGUCAGUGGCUAUAGUUUUAAAUUUUGGAAAAAAGGGAAAAAAAAAUAGUAAGUAUGCUCCUAUAUAAAUUUAAUAAUCUGCCGGUUAAAUUUGAGUAAUUUAUGUAUAUGUGGAUCAUUCUUUUUGAGUGAUUUAAAUAACUGGUAGGUUAAAGUUUAGUUAUUUAUGUGGAUUCCAAACAAUCUUUGUUAAGUGGUAGGUACUCUCAUGUAUAUAAAGUGUACAGAACUAGUCAUUUAGCUUGUAGUCAUAUUUUCUCUUAUUUGCCUUACUUUUCCUAGGCGAUAUCAUUUUGUUACAGUGUGAUAUGUACUUGUUAGGAGUUUAGAUUCUGGGUUAGAGUUGUAAAACAGCAUCCACAACCACCGCCCCCUUCUUCCUGCAUAGCUUUUUGUCUAGGUUGUCUACACCAUAUCUCCAUCUACUUUCUAUUACUAGUGCUAAUUAAUAUCUCGAUAUUUAAGUAUAGGCUGUAUCUGGAAAAGGAAUUCGAUUGUAUUUGUUAAGUUCUUUAUUGAAAAUCCGGAAACUGGUGGAAAUGGAUGGAACAAGACUGGAUCCUGUGAUGAGGCCAGUGUUUCAACUGCAUUUGAUUGGCUGUCUCAUUAACGCUGUGGGAUUUGUGUGUGUGGUGCUGUUGAUGUGGCCUUUUUACUUUUAAAAAUUGCCCCAGAAACGAUUAAAAUCCUUACUAAGUUAACCUUGCUGAAGUUGAUUCCUACUGGUCAUUUUGUUCAUGUGAAUUGAAUUUAAAUCUGAUAGGCUGCUUUUUUCUUUGUGAAUUUGUGUCUGCGUUGUAUGUGAUAACUGGCAGCUCCCUUAUCAAUCAAAUCAGGACGUCUCUUGAAAAGAAACAUAAUUGUUUUGGUUAUUUUAUGUAGAGAGUGUUGGAAAUUGAUGAAAUGAUAAAUCAGGUUGUGGAUCUUUUCAUGAUACUGUCAUAAAUAAUUCCAUGGAUCUUGUCAUAAAUAAAAAUAACUUCUGUUUGGUUAUUGGAGUUUCAUUGAAAUCGUGUGAUUUGUGCUGCUCCCGCAGAUAGCCUUUAGAAUUUAAAAAAGGGGGCUACAACGCUGAUCUAGUUGACUCUGUUGGACUGGUUUCCUGUUAUUGUUUUGUUGUCGUGAUUUGGAGUUUUGGCUUUGUUUUGGCAGUUGAAUACUUUGAGUGAAUCUGUGAAGCAUGUAUUCAAACUGGAUUUUUAGUAAUCAGUGACACAUGAUCAUAUCGCCAGCCUCACAUAGGGGAUUGGGUCUUAAUUUUUGGUUUAGAAGUUCUCAUCUCUCAUCUCCUUGUUUGUAGUAAGUGGUUGACAAUUUCUUGAAAAGGGAUUCUAUUGUUUUGUUUCUGUGAUUCUGGAAAGAACAGUAAAAAGGGUAAUUAAGACUGUAUAUCUUUGCACGGUUGUGUCCUCUCAUAAGCAAGACUUUGGAUCUUGUCAUUACUUAGUCUUCAGUGCUCUUUGGUUGCUAAAAUCUUUUCACGAUUCUAUUAUUUCUCUCAUGAAAAUCGCUCAAUGUAAUGCAUCUAGCUGUGCAUGUGAUUCUUUUUUAAUUUUUAAGCAACGGCUGUGAAAGGUGUAAAAAGUCUCAAAAAUCACCUGGCCAAGCUCAUUAUUAUGUUCUUCAUGUUCUUGUAAAUUGGAGUUGAUUUUAUUAGCCAUAUAAUGGGUGAUUAAUUUUGUUGAUUGUGAAAUGGUGUCUAAACUGGGUGAGAUACGCUUGCUAUCUUAAUAUUUGUUAGUAGCUGUGUAGCGUUCUUAUUGAUUAUGUUGCAGAUGGAAAUGCUGUCAUAUAGUGCUCCUGAUCUCACCUCCAGGAGAGCCAAGGUGAUGGGCAUUGCUUUUGUUAAACAGUAUUACCAACUGCUUCACCAACAGCCUGAGCUAGUGCACAAAUUUUAUCGAGAUUCAAGCUUCUUGAGACACGCUGAUUCUGACGGCACAGUGACCACCAUAACCACCUUGCGAGCAAUCAACAAUAAGAUUGUAUCAUUUGGUUAUGGGAACUACAAGAUAGAGGUCAAAACUGCACAUGUUGAAGAUUCUUACCAGGCCAGCAUAUUUAUUAAAGUAACCGGAUGUUUAACUGGAACAGACAAUGUGCCUCGGAAUUUCACGCAGUCAUUUUUCCUAGCUCCACAAGAAAAUGGAUAUUUCAUUGAAAAUAGCUGUUUUGAUGGUAUAGAGGAGAGCAAACCAUCCAAGACCAGUUCGGCAUUGGCACAUGCUGCUGCUGGUGUUGUUUCUGUGACCGCACCUCUGACAUUGGAUCCAGAAUCUGGUCUUGCUGCGGAUCAUUCUGCACGUGACAGUGUAACUGCUUCAGAAACAGAGGAAACUCAAAGUGAUCCAGAGGUUAAGUCAGCUUCUCGUACUCCUCCAAUGCGGGGCUUUGAUCCAGUGUGGUGUUUCCAUAGCAGUGCAACUGUAGCAGCUGUUAAUGCCAAUGAAGAGGCUGGUACUUCCAAAAAGGCUCCUGUAGUUGCAAGGGGUCCUGAAAGUAUCUAUGCCCAUAAAGAAGGAAACUCCAUUUAUAUCUACAAUUUGGCUCCGGGCGUAACUUAUGAUCAAGUUGAGAAGGACUUGGAAAGAUUUGGGCGGAUCAAGUGGGUUGGAAAGUCCCAAGGAAACCAGCCCUGUCCGCGUUUGGGAUUUGUGCAAUUUGAGUCGUUUGAGUCUGCUGAAAACGCAAUCAAGGCAUCGCCCAUAAACAUCGGUGGUCGUCUAGCUGUAGCUGAAGAUUUUAUCGGGAGCGGUGGAUCGCUGUUUGAAAGUGAGAGUGUCAAAGACGUGAUUGAUGCCUUUAAGAAGCAGAUCCAUUUGAAGUGA